UCAUACAGACUUGCCCGACGGCAAAGUAGCUGACUUUAACUUUACUCUCAUAAUUUUCUGAUUCAAUUCAAUCAUUUAUGUCUUCCUCAAAGAUCCGAUCAAUUGUGCCACUUCGACCCAAAAACGGACAGAUUAGAAGAAAAGUUUUAAACGACAUAGCGAGUUAUAAAAAGAAAAACAAAAAAUUCGACAUAUUGAAGGAAUUAAAAGUGCAUAAAGAUAAAGCAUUGUUAAGAAGUAUUCUAAAAGAAGACGAUCGUUAUCCUCGUAUUGUACGUUUGAAAGCUUCUCUUCAAUUGUUCAGUGAAACGGAAACGUUCUUCAAAAGUUUGAGAGAAGAAAACACAGAUGCAUCUUUCACUUCACAUCUCCAUGAUUGUAUUCAAUACCUUAGAUCUCUCAUUUCAGAAAUCACCUCUUCUCUUGAAGUGGACGUCAAUAGCGAAAUCAUUUUACAGGAAAUACUCUCAAGUUUCAAAAGAAAUUCUGCUUCACGUCCCGCAAAACGUCUCCGUGGUUCUCUUAAAAAACUUGAAUAUCUGAUUUCACGGUUUGACUUUAAUAGAGAUAUCCUUGAACUUGAAGUGUUGUUAAGAGGAGAAGUCACACGUGGAUCUUUCACUUCACUUCUCCAUGAUUGCAUUAGAGGCUAUGAAGAUCUCAUUUCAGAACUCAGUACUUCUUUUCAAGAGGACGGGUUUGACGUUAAUAGAGUCAUCCACGAACAUGAAGUGUUCUUAAGUUUCCGAGGAGAUGACACACGUGCAUCUUUCACUUCACAUCUUCAUGCUUCUCUUCAAAACGAUGGAAUCUCUGUUUUCAUGGACGAGAAUUCGCUUCAAAGAGGAAAUCACAUUUCAUCAUCACUACUGCGAGCAAUUGAAGACACUAAGAUCUCUGUGAUUGUUUUCUCAAGAAAUUAUGCUGAUUCGAGAUGGUGUUUGGAAGAAUUGGUGAAAAUAAUGAGGUGUCGCAGAACUGUAGGGCAGGUGGUGCUUCCAGUUUUCCAUGGUGUAGAUCCAUCUGAGGUUCGUCACCAAACUGGUGAGUUUGGAGAAACAUUUCAAAGUCUUUUGGAUAGAAUUUCAAAGGGCAAGAAAAAAAAGUCUCUUAAAUGGAGAGAAGCACUUCGUCAAGCUGCUGGCCUUGCUGGUUUCGUAGUUCCAAAUUCAAGGAAUGAAAGGGAGGCUAUCAAUCAUAUUCUUGAAAAAGUUACUCUUUUGCUUGACAAGACACAACUGUUUGUUGCUGAUAAUCCAGUGGGAGUUGAAUCACGAGUGCGAGAUAUAAUUCAACAGCUAGAUAUCCAACAAUCAAAUAAAGUUCUACUCCUGGGGAUGUGGGGUAUGGGAGGAACCGGUAAAACUACCAUUGCAAAAGCCAUUUACAACAAAAUUGGCCGCAAUUUUGAAGGUAGGAGUUUCCUGGCAAAUAUUAGGGAAACUUGGGAAGGAACUACUGGUAAAGUGUCUUUACAAGAACAACUUCUGUUAGAUAUCUUCAAAGAAACAAAAACCAAGAUACAAAACAUUGAGUCUGGAAAAACUACAUUGAAGAAUAGGCUCUGUCAUAAAAGAGUACUUCUCAUACUUGAUGAUGUGAAUAGUUUGGACCAACUAAAAGCUUUGUGUGGAAAUCGUGAAUGGUUUGGUUCUGGGAGUAGAAUAAUUAUCACAACCAGAGAUAAACAUAUACUUAGAGGGCUACGAGUUGACAAAGUAUACGCAAUGAAAGAAAUGGAUGAAAAUGAAUCAAUUGAGCUUUUUAGUUUGAAUGCAUUCAAGCAACCUAGUCCUAGAAAACAAUUUGCUGAAAUUUCUAGAAAUAUUGUUGAGUACUGUGGAGGAUUGCCACUAGCUCUGGAAGUCAUUGGUUCUUAUUUGUUUGACAGACCACUCACAGAUUGGAAGUGUGUAUUGGAGAAAAUCAAACUAAUUCCCAAUGAUCAAGUACAACAGAAGUUAAAAAUUAGCUAUGAUGGUUUAAAUGAUGACCUUGAGAAAGAAAUAUUUCUUGACAUAGCUUGUUUCUUUAUUGGGAUGGACCGAAAUGAUGUUAUACAGAUAUUAAAUCCUUGUGGACUUUUUGCAGAAAUCGGAAUAAGUGUGCUUGUUGAGCGAAGCCUGGUAACUGUUGAUGAUAAAAACAAGCUUGGAAUGCAUGAUUUGUUACGAGAUAUGGGAAGAGAAAUCAUACGUGAAAAAUCACCCAAGGAGCCCGAGGAGCGUAGCAGAUUAUGGUUUCGUGAAGAUGUGCUUGGUGUUUUAUUUGAUCGAAAUGGAACAAAAGCUGUUGAGGGACUAGCUUUGAAGUUGCCAAUAGCUAAUUCAAAAUGUUUUAGCACUAAAGCGUUUAAGAAGAUGAAGAGACUGAGAUUGCUUCAACUUGUUUGUGUACAACUUGAUGGAGAUUUUGAAUAUCUUUCAAGAAAUUUAAGAUGGCUAUGUUGGAACGGAUUUCCUUUAACAUGCAUACCUUCAAAUUUUUAUCAAGGAAACUUAGUUUCCAUGGAGUUAGAAAACAGCAAUAUGAAAUUUAUGUGGAAAGAGACCCCGAGAAUGGAGAUGCUGAAAAUCCUAAACCUUAGUCAUUCCCAUCAACUGAUGCAGACCCCAAACUUCUCAAAUUUGCCUAAUCUUGAAAAGCUAAUACUUGUAGAUUGUCGAAUGUUAUCUGAGGUUUCCAACAGCAUUGGAGAUCUCAAUAAAAUUCUUCUAAUAAAUAUGGAAGACUGUACUAGCCUAUGUAACCUUCCAAGAAGCAUUUAUAAAUUGACAUCUCUUAAAACUCUAAUUCUUUCAGGGUGUUUAAUGAUUGACACGUUGGAAGAAGACAUAGAACAAAUGGAAUCUUUGACCACUUUGAUUGCAAAUAACACUGGAAUAACAAGAGUUCCGUUUUCUAUAGUGAGAUCAAAAAGUAUCGGCUACAUUUCUUUGUGCGGCUAUGAGGGUUUCUCACGGGAUGUAUUUCCAGCUAUCCUUUCGUCUUGGAUGUCUCCAACAAAUAAUUUUACACCCCAAUUUCAAACAUCUACUAUUAUGUCUUCUCUUAUUUCUUUAGAUGUACCACAUAGUAGUUCCCAGGAGCUAUCAUCGAUUUCCAAGUACCUUCCAAGUCUUAGAAGUCUUUGGGUGGAGUGUAGCUCGGAAGAUCAACUUUCUCAUGAUACAACAAUAAUUUUAGAGGCAUUAUAUGCCCUAAAUUCUCGAGAAUUGGAACCAACAUCAACCACAUCACAAGUAUCAAAAAAUUCCUUGAAAUCUCUUUUCAUUCAACUGGGAAGGAAUUGCCAAGUUGCCAAUAUUCUGAAAGAGAAAGUUUUACAGUAUAUGACCGGUGACGAGAGUGGUGGUUGUGUGCUCCUGGGUGAUAGUUAUCCCGAUUGGUUAAGCUUCAAUUGUGAUGGUUCUGCUGUAAUUUUUAAAGUCCCUCAAGUAGAAGGGCGUAACUUGAAGUCAUUGAUCUGCAUUGCCUAUUCAUCAACUCCGGAUGACAUAACAUCGGAUGGUCUUAAAAAUGUGUUGGUGAAAAAUUACACGAAAGCCACCAUUCAGCUCUAUAAGAAAGAGACACUUGCUUCCUUUACGGACGAGGAGGGGGAGAGAGUAGUAUCAAGUAUAGAACCCAGAGACAAAGUGGAAGUUGUUGUUGUUUUUGAAAAUGGUUUCAGUGUGAAGAAAACUACAGUUUAUCUCGUAUAUGAUGAACCAAUGGGAGAAAAAAGUGAACAAUGGGAAGCACCAGAAGGAAAUACUAUUGCUUGUAGUGCCGAUGAAAAUGAAAGCGUACAAUGUGAAGAACCAGACGAAAAUGCUAAUGCUUAUAGUGCUGAUGAAAAUGAAAGCAUAUUAAGGACGAGCUCUCCACAAGUGGAACUCGUGGAAAAAAAUGUUGGUGCGAGUAGUUGUGGAUCUGUCAAAUAUAGUUUUAGACAGUGGAUUACAAAUUUUAUGUGUAGAUUAGUGGAGUGCUGGGGAUAGUCAAGUUGGACUUGAAUUUGUUGGUGGAAAUCAGCCAUUUAUCCAGAAGUCAUUCAGUUUGAGGACAAACUUGGCAAUCUCUCUAUGAAAUUUAUGAUAUACUGCUAAACGUUGUUAUUAAAUUUGUUGCUACUGUGUGCCUUUGGUUUAGUUUUUGUUCUUUUGGUCUUUAAAAGUCCUGUUAUCUCACACUAGAUGUCUUAAUUGGUUCAUUGUGAAUCAUAUCUUAAAAAAAGUUUAAAAAUCAUUUUUGAUAGAACAGUACCCAUUUUAAAGGCAUGUAAAAGCUUUUUUGAUAUUAAGUGUUAACUUUAAUGUGUAAGUUGGCUAUUUUGAAUAGUUAAAGAGUAUUCCGAUUAUCAUUUUUUUAACAACAAUCUCCUGCAAUGUAGGGGACACCAUUCUUGCAUUAAGUAAACAAUUCCUAAUGGCACUAUGUUGUUACAAUUUUCUUUGAUUCCAAUCCCUCACCGAUGCCUGAUAUUGUUUCGUUAAUUAUCGUAUCACUUAAAAACUCCGAAGUAGACUUUUGUAGGGAUGUUUUUUACUCUUCAAAGAGGAGUUCACAUUUCAACUUCACUAAUUUUGUUAUUGUUUUCUCAACAAAUUAUGCAGAAUUGUGUUUGUGUUUGGAAGAGUUGGUGAUAUAAUCAUGCAGUGUUGCAGAACCAUAGGGCAAAUUGUUUUGCCAGUGUUCUAUAAUGUAAUUCCAUCUGAAGUACAUCAUCAAACUGGUGAGUUUGGAAAUGCAUUUCAAAUUUCAUUUGGUUAGUUACUCGUUAGAUUUGGAAUUAUGGAUAAAUAGGGGAAACUCGGUUAGUGAUUUAUUCAAAGAGAAGCUUGCAGAGCUACGCGAGGCGGCCCCCCCUUUCUGGGUUUGUAGUAAUCCUGCUUAAACACGUCCCUCUAAUGGUGCACAUAUUCACCUCUAUAGAUCUGCUAGUAUGAGGGUAACGGCUCCUUUUGCAUGAAUUGAAUUUUGAUGGGGGUAUUGGCACUUCUUUAGUAUAGCAUGAGUAUGUGUUUACUCAAUAUGCUUAUUGGUGGAAAUAUUCCCACUUCUCUUGUACUGAUGCUAUAUGUUUUAGACAAUCGUCUUGAUCCCCUUUUGCUUCCUUUUAGAGGAUUUGAUGCAGGUGUAUUCAAGUUGCUGCAUGGUUUUUGUUACUAGUUUGCCUUUUUGCCCCGGUGUUGUUAGUUUAAACGCCAUUAGUUUUUGGUAUGUGUACAAUAUGUUUUUAAGCUACUAGUGUCUCUCUUGUUAUUGGGAUGAUGCUGUUGUAGUUUUGGAGUCAAUAUGAUGAUGAUGAUGAUGUACCUUGUUUAUGAUUUUGUCCCUAUUGGGGCUCUGUCUUUUAUUUUUAGAAAGGUGAUUUGGAUGUGAAGUGUGUGCAUUUUUAGGAUAGUGAUGUACGUUUGGUGUAACAUGAUUUUGGUGUGCUUAUGAUGGUUUGGCAUUAAGUUUAUUUACUCUUGUUUUAUAAGAUGUGGUUAGUUUGGUAAUAAAUGUAUACUGAGGUCCUAUCUAAGGUUUCUGGAGAUUAACUUGUUCUUAAUCAUGAUCCACACUAGUAUUUUAGUGUAGGCGAGAAUGUUUAUAUCGUAAUCUUACAAUUUUUUUGAGAAAAUUUAUCCAAUUGGAAUGUCCACUGAUAUUAAUUUCUAUUUUUUCAAAAAAAUUGAGCAAUAAUGUCAACACUGAUAUUAAU